AUGCUCGCAUAUGGUGAGGCUCGGGUCGAAAUCCUGAUGCGAAGCGAGAGCCACCAGGAUCAAGCCCUGCUCGGUAAACUUUUGGAAUUCUGGUCGACAUACAUCGAGACAUUGACGGACGAGGUUUUCUCUAACGCGGAAGGCGCCAUUCCUUGGGCAUCGACUGCCACGUCUUUCGUGCUGGAAGCUGUUUCAAACGCGUGGCAGCGGAUCAUAUAUCCUGAUGCCACUGAGCUGAGCCAAUGGGACAACAGCGACCGCAUUGGGUUCAUAGACGUUCGAAAGGAUGUUGCUGAUCUCCUACAAUCUACCUACGCCCUGACUGGGUCGCGAUUGUUGGUCACCUUUGCUGACCUUCUCAUUUCUGCGGUCUCGGCUGAGGACUGGGCACGUUUGGAGGCUGCAGCAUUCUGUCUCGGAUCCCUAGCGGAUUGUGCUAAGGAAGAACUGCAAAGUGACGAAGCUCUGAGUUCUGUCUUCUCCUCACCAUUGUUCAACACGCUUCGUGGCGGCCACGCCCUACUGCCCCCGCGUGUUCGUCAAACAUGUGUUGGCCUGAUUGAGAAGUAUACCGAGUUCUUCGAGCGCCACACCGAACUUCUACCGCCAGCAUUGAACCUUUUAUUUAGCUUGGUCGGCGAUACGAUGCUUUCGCAGCCCGUUUCAAGGUCUAUACUUCGGCUCUGCUCGUCGUGCCGACAUCAUCUUCACUCCGAGACGGGUGCGUUCCUUGAAGAAUAUCAGCGCAUGAACGCAAGCCAGACAAUGGAGUGCGAGGUUGCAGAGAAGGUUCUCGGGGGCAUCGCGUCCGUUGCCCAAGCCUUGGAAAUCGAGUCUGAACGCCUUCAAGCUCUCCGCAAAAUCGUUGGGUUCGUUGAGAUCGACCUACAGACCUGCCAGACGCUGAUUGCGUCGUCAAAUGCCGCGGGUCGCCUCACCUGUCCGCCAGAGUCCCGAUGCCUCGACGAGUCUUGCGGUGAAUCUCCAGCUCUGCAUAUUGGUAUCAGAGUUCUCAGGUGUCUCUCUUCUGUGGCCAAGGCUUUCCAGAUUCCGGCUGAAAUGCCAGUAGAGAUCGAUGCUCACUCCAGACUUGAGCAGGAGAAGAGUCCUCAACUCGCAAACCUCCAGAGGCACAUUUUCGACAUAAUCGUUCAGCCGCAAAGGGCUUUCCCGCUGAGUGUUGAGGUUGUUGACAACAUCUGCAGCAUUCUUCGAAGUGGUUUCUCGGAAACCGAGCACGGCCCCUUUGUCUUCCCACCAAGACAAAUUGCAGAAUACCUGUUUUCGCACACUACACACUCGCCCCGAAUAGGCGCGCUUGUCAAGACGGCUUGCUCUUUUACGAGUUCUUUGAAGCAGUAUGGCGAAGGCUCUAUGCGAGACAAUUUGCUCGCGGAUUUGUUCACCUGGGCCAUCGGGCUGCUCCGUGGCCUGCCAGGUCCAGAAACCGACCCGGAAUUAUCGCACAAUGCAAUCGACUUUAUCACGCGGGUGUUGAGCGAAGCCCCUCAAGUCUUACUCGACGCUCAUCCGCUUGAUCCGUCUGAGUUCUUCUUCCUCUUCACUCUGCAGGCUCUAGAUGGGAAAGAACCACUUCCGAAGAUGGCAUCGGCCGGAUUUUGGGCACAUUUCCUGCAGCUAGCGGGCAACCCUCCCCCAGUUCAGCACCGGGUCAUCGAACUAAUGAAAACACUUGGUCCACUGGUCAGCGAGAGUUUGAUGAGGAACUUUGGCGGCAACGCUUCGCGGAGCGAGCUAGACAAGCUAAGCGAGCCGCUCAAGAAGCUCAUUACUUGGUAUCCGGCCGCGCCAGGCUGGCUCGAGUCAGCCCUGGAGCAGGUGUCCUUCCCCGGCUCUCGGCUCAAUCCACGUGAGAAAACCAUAUUUGUCAAGAAACUCGUGAGCACUCCGCCUGGCUUUAACUGCUCCAUCAGCUUCUACCUUAUCCAGAAAAUCACGGCGCGAGCCUAG